AUGGGCUCCAUCAGUGCAGCAAAUGCCAAGUUCUGUGUGGACUUCUUCAAAGAGCUGAGCAAAGUAAAAAGAAAUGAAAAUAUCUUCUUCUCCCCACUGAGCAUCUCAGCUGCCUUGAGCAUGGUCCAGCUGGGUGCCAGAGGCAACACAGCUGAGGAGAUGGCAAAGGUACUUCAUAUUCACGAGGUACCGAGCACAGCAAGUCCAGGAACCAGGAACACUCCUGGAAAGUGUGAAGAAGCCAGAGGAGCCCAUUUCCAGUUCCAGGAGCUUUUGUCUGACCUUAGCAAAGCUGGUGCCACAUGUUCCCUCAGCAUUGCCAAUAGGCUCUUUGGAGAAGUAACUUUUCACUUCCUUCAGCAAUAUGUAGACUCUACAAGGGUCCUGUACCAAGCAGAGCUGGAAGCGGUGAACUUCAUUAAUGCUGCUGAAGAGGCCAGAGGGAGGAUGAAUUCCUGGGUGGAAGAGCAAACGGGUGGGAAAAUUAAAGACCCGUUCCCUCCUGGCUCUAUUGAUGGCUCAACGGUGCUAGUUCUGGUCAACGCCAUAUACUUCAAAGGGCAAUGGGCUGAAAGAUUUCAGGAGGAGAACAGCAGAGAAAUGCCUUUCAGGCUGAACAAGAGAGAGCACAAGAAUGUACCAAUGAUGUGUCAGACUGGAAAUUAUAAAUUAGCCAGGAGACAAGAAGAGCAGAUGACAGUGCUGGAGCUCCCAUACGUUGGAAAAGAGCUCAGCAUGUUCAUUCUUCUGCCAGAAAACAUCUGUGAUGAGUCCAGUGGCCUUGAACAGCUAGAGAGUGCUGUCACCUAUGAGAAAUUAGCAGAAUGGACCAACAUGAAGAACGUGUGUUUUCAAGAAAUCACGGUAUACUUGCCCCGGUUCCGAAUGGAGAAGAGCUGCAACCUCACACUAGUCCUGCAGGCUCUGGGGAUGAGGGAUGCCUUCACCCCUGAGCAAGCUGAUUUCUCUGGGAUAUCGGGAGUGCCUGAGCUUUUCAUCUCCACAGCUGUUCACAAGUCCUUUGUGGAAGUUAAUGAAGAAGGCACUGAGGCAGCUGCUGCUACAGCGAUGUUUACAUUUCUAGGCGCAUGCUCCUACAUUCCUUGUGAAUUCAGAGCUGACCACCCAUUCCUUUUCUUGAUCAAACACAAUCCAAGCAAGAACAUUCUCUUCUUUGGCCGAUGUUGUUCCCCCUAA